AGAAAGCACUUCUUCCUUUUAUUAAAAAUCUGUCAACAAAAAGCACUUUGUCAGAUCAUUAGAUGUAUUUAAACAUGUAAAUCAACAUCAGAUCGUUACUUGUGUAAUGGGUAUAAUUUGGACAAUCAUUAUUCAUGAGAAAAAAAGAGGAUGAUUUGAAUGUGACAUGAGUCAGAUAUCUCGGACAAAGUGUAAAGAAGCCACACCCAGGUGUGGACAUGUUGCUGCUAGUUAUGGCCAGUAUAUGAUUGUAUGGGGUGGAUAUUCUAUAGAAAAUAAUUUUCAGUAUUACUUAGCAGCCAAAGAAUUGUGGAUUUACAACACAGAAAAUAAAGUUUGGCAUUGUAUGAAAACUGACCCUCAACUAUGCCCUUUUGAACUCUCUGGUGCCUGUGCUUGUUGCUAUGGAGAUUCUAUGUACGUAUUUGGAGGUCACAACAGCUUUGGAAACAGCAAUGAACUAUACACACUAGAUUUAAAGACUUAUACAUGGCACCUUCUUGAAUCUGACCAAUCACCAAGUCCGAGAGAUAAAGCUGUGGCCUGGUUCUAUAAUAAAAAGUUUUAUUGCUUCAGUGGAUUUGGUCCAUCUACAAGUGGUCACAUGACAGAUAAUGGAGCGUAUGUUGAGGAUUCAGAGAAUACUGUUUUUCCCAGGAGAGGUUGGAACAAUCAGCUGUGUGUAUAUGACACAGUAAAUAAAGAAUGGACAAAUCCUAAAUGCAAGGGUGAUGUCCCUUUACCAAGAGCAGCUUCAUCAGCAGCUAGAAUAGGUUCUGAUGUGUAUUUAUUUGGAGGAAGACAUAAAACCACACGGAUGAAUGAUCUACAUUGUAUAGAUUUAGAAACCUUGACAUGGUCAGGAGAAUUAAGGACAGAGGGUUGUCUCCCUUGUGGAAGGUCAUGGCAUACAUUGACUGCAAUACCAAAUAAUAGGUUAUUUUUAUAUGGAGGCUUUGAUCAAAAUAAUACACCACUUAGUGAUGGGUGGAUACUAGAUACUAUAACACUAUCAUGGUGCCACUUAGAUUAUCUGCCUUCGAACCAGCCACGUCUGUGGCACACAUCAACUUUAUCCACUGCUGGAGAAAUUAUCAUCUUUGGUGGCUGCUGCAAUAACAUUUUAGAUUAUUCUCUGGAAAAUAAAAUUAGUGGAGAAGUACUGACAAUACAACUACAGCCUUAUUCUCUACUCAGAUUAUGUCUAGAUGAUGUAUACCAAAGAAAAUCACAGACUGAAGAAUUGUGGGAGGAGCUUCCUCAACCAUUGUGUCUAUGGUUACAGGAUAAAAAUAAACUUGAACAGAUUAAGAUUAGUACGACUGAUGACAUGGAUAGUGAUAGUGAAGGUGAACUUGGGGUCAAUGAACCAGGUCUGGCAUGUUCUAUAUCAUAGCAACCAUUGUGUCAAUGGAACCAAACAUAGAAUGUGGGUGUUAUAAAUAACAGAAAACAGAUGUCUUGCUGGUCUUAAACAUCAUGAAUACUAAUCAUGUGAUAAUUGAUGCUAACUUUAAUCUGUUCUAAAAUGAUUUAAUCAGAGGCUGAUCCAGCCAUUUUUAUAAGGCGGGUUCCCAGCAAGAAUAAGGGGAGGGUUCCAACCCUAUAUCCCUAUUCAAAAGCAUUGAUCGUCAAAUAAAAAGGAGUGAACCCUUUCUUUUGAUCUGUCACUGCUGAUCAUGUAGAUGAAAAUUAAGAUAUUUUUGUGAUCUCAUCUGAUCCUAUUGAACUUUUUAUAUUGCUAAUCAUUCUAUUAAUUUUUUAGUUUUGUCAAUCUUUAUUUGUUCUUCCUUUUAAAGUUUCCCUGGUAACUUUGUUAUAAACAAUGCCAUAAUAUCUGUUCAUGGUGGAACAAGUAUUCUUUAUUUUUUUUUAGGUUAAUUCUGGUAGUGACAAAUAAUGUAAUAUUUGUUCCAGUGGAAAUCAUAUUCAAGAAUUUUAUUCCAUUUGGAAAUAAAAAGUUGUAAAAGUAAAACCAUCACAAGGAACAGCAAGCUAUAAAGUGCCCCAAAAUUGACUAGUGUAAAACAAUUCAAACAGGAAUGUUUACAUAUUAAUGUUAUUUUUCGAUAAAUUAUGAGAUAUCAGUUUCUAUAGUUAUCUUUUUCUUGAAAAGAAUGUCCCUUAGUUGCAUGGAUGUUUAGAUAGAUAUCAGUCUUUCCUAAUAAAUUGGUUCUCAAGGCCAUUGAUAUAAAAAAAAAUCUUUUUGUUUUUAAGGAUAAA